CACUUUCUCUCUCUCUCUCUUACUCUCUAAAGCCCAAGAACAUGAUGAAGCAAACCUUGUGCCUUGUUUUGUGUGUUCUCUUCCUCAUUUUAUCAACAAGUUCUUCUGCAAUUCGAAGAGGUAAAGAGGAUCCAGAGCUAAUGAAUCCAUUAGUUUCAGCUACAUCAGUCGAAGAAGAAGACUCAGUUAAUAAACUAAUGGGGAUGGAUGAUUGUGGAGAAGGAGAUGAAGAGUGUUUGAAGAGAAGGAUGAUGACUGAAGCUCACUUAGACUACAUUUACACACAGCACCAUAAGCAUUGACAUUGUUAACUCUAUAAUUAAUUUGCAUACAUAUUUGUAAUGUCUUUGUGUUGAUCUUACCUUUAGAGAUAUAUAUAAGUAUUGUAUAUGAGUCCUAUGUGACAGAACAGCUCCAAGAAAACCAAUUUGAUUUUGAUUCCUUA